ACUUUAACCCAACUUUUUGCGUAAUUUUAAAAGCAGUCGCUUAUAUCGUGUUACGUUAUAAUUUGCCUUGCCCAUGUGCAACCAGCUGAACCUGUUUAUCACUAGUAAUAGGCUACUGUAGGGCGGACCUUCGCAUGCGUUCCCUAUGUCACCGAUGCAAGUUGUGGAGAGAGAGAGAGAGAGAGCUACCUUGUGGACCCAAUAAAUACCUGAAGACUUUAGCAUUCAAAUGACUGACAAUAGGCUGUCUUGUGCGUUGGGGACAGAUCUGGUUUCAGUUAAUUUGACUGAAUUUCCAUUAAUCGAGUUUACCGUUAAAAGAGAAAAGGACUAGGCUAAGCUACAGUUAAUAAGCUAUCGGUCGUUGACAGGCUGCCAUCGCCUUGGUAAAAAACUCGGAUAAUGCCUGGUCAUAACGAUCAGAUGACAGUAACACGUGCUGUCAUAUCUUAUUGGCUCCGUUCCAAAUUUAAUACCGGAUUACAUUUUGCCCUGGCCGAAGUGACUUGUUAAUAAGAAAAACCGAACACAGAGUUUGUUUCUGCACUUUUAAAUCAACCAGAUUUCUAUAAAAAAUGGGAUCAAAAGGCAUCUUUUUACUUUUACUACUGGGCACGUUAAGUGCAUAUUAUGUUUACUUACCUAUUCCGGAUGAAAUAGAAGAGAGAUGGAAGUUGAUGGCCACAGACUGCUUUUUCAGAAGUCUCAGCCACCUGGCAGAACUAAGUGAGUUGCUGGGUCUGAAGGAUUACAUGGGGGUCAUGAUGUUCAUCACUUUCGUGGAGGAAGUGGUCCCAGUGUCAGAUGAGCAUGUACGCGUGACAAUGGAGGUGUUUGACGGGGUAGAGGUUGUGGUCUAUGAGCCGGGCCAGCAGGGCGGCAACGGGGAGCUGAAGAGGGCAGUUGUUUACCUGCAUGGCGGAGGAUGGUGUCUGGGAAGCGCAAGAAUGGGACCGUAUGAUCUUCUUGCCAGACAGAUGGUCAGCGAACUUAAUGCUGUUGUCGUGUCUGUGGAGUAUCGCCGGGCCCCAGAGCACCACUUUCCUGUCCCAUUUGAAGAUGUGUAUCGUGUUGUCAAGCACUUCCUUCAGGCAGAGGUUCUGGCCCAGUAUUCUGUGGACCCGGGCCGCAUUGCUGUGUCAGGGGAUAGUGCUGGGGGCAACUUGGCAGCUGCAGUUGCCCAACAGCUGGAGCAGGACCCUGAGCAGAAGGUGACCCUGAAGGCCCAGGCUCUGCUCUACCCUGUGCUGCAGGCCCUGGACCUCAACACGCCGUCAUACCAGCAGAACCGGGACAUGCCCAUCCUGCCUAAGACUCUGAUGGUGCGUUUCUGGAGCCAGUACUUCACCAGGGACCAGGCCCUGUUCCGCGCCAUGAUGGCCAACUCGCACAACAGCCUGGAGUCCGCCGGCCUGCUGAAGUUCGUCAACUGGAGCGCGCUCCUCCCCGAGAGCUUACACGGGCCGUAUGAAUACAGCGCCCCCGUGGCGGGGAGCUCGGACCCAUCCCGCGCCGCGGCGGCCAUCGCCGACCCCCGGGCCUCCCCGCUGCUGGCCCCGGACUCCGCGCUGCGGCCCCUGCCCAAGACCUACGUGCUCACGGGCGAGUACGACGUGCUGCGGGACGACGGGUUCAUGUACGUGACGCGCCUGCAGAGGGCCGGCGUGGACGUCACGCACGAACACUACGCCGCCGGCUUCCACGGCGCGCUGAUGUUCACCGUGUGGCCCACCGACUUUGCCAUUGGCCACAGGAUGAUGGACAAUUACAUCCACUGGCUAAAGCAAAACUUGUAGGCCGCCGCCCCCUUCCUGUUACCAGUGGCAACUUGCCGGUUCUGUAAGAACGCAUAUAUUCUUUGUUCAUGAGCUCUAUUUGUUCCGUCUUUUUGGUAACUGUUUUUGUUCGCGCUUUCAUUUUUGAAAGUGGGCACGCCUCUGAGGGUUCUCAUUGUACAUCGUUAAUAUAUUGUGUCUGUUACAGAUUUCUUUAAUGCUGUAUUAUGAAUGUUUAUCCAUUUGCAGUAUAUAAUUACAAAUGAAUGGUAUGCAGUAUUUAACCAAGUUGGAGACAUUUCUUAUCAAAAAUGAAAGAUGAACAGGAAAUGGUCAAUCAUCAAGCCAAGUUUUCAGGAUUUUUUUUUUAAGGGCAAUUGUUCAUCUGGUGAAGUGCAUCAAAUCUGUGUCUGCAUGUGAAAUCUGUUUCACACAACAUGGCAGUACAGUGUCUACUGUUGAAAAACAUACAUGCAUAACCAUGAUUGGGUCUUUUGUUGCCUCUGGCUAUUAUGUGCAUUACACAAGAAUUAUUAGUUAAAUGGCUGAAAAAAAGUGAUACCCUCUCACACACAUGAAGGAUUGCAUCAGUUUUGUGACGCUUUUGCAGCAGGAGUCUUGUCACUCAGCAGAGAAGGAUCCCAUUCUAGCACAGUGGAUUAAAAAAGACACCCAAAGGCGGUGGCCGUGGCAUUGAGCUCCAGCAUGUCCGUAUCUCUCCCUCUCUGAAGGCCAGCCUGCCUCCCCAGGACUGCAGCGGUCACCCUCGCUUCAGGGGCCACAUCCAGAGAGCAGCAGACCGCUCUGCGCUGACUCCGCUUUCUCUUACAUCCAUACCUCUUUGCUCUACACAUUUUGAUGGAAUUUUUCAUUUCUAUGGCUCUUUGAGAAUAAAACGACCCUACCUUUCAUAGCCUCAUUUGUCUGGGUGUAAGGCUGUGAAACUGCAUUGCCAAAGGCUUUUUACAGAAAUCGUAUAUUUGUUUUUGCCAGGGGUCAGGAAAUGAAUGUCAGCAUGAAAAAAAGAGCCAAUUCUGUUUCUAAAUUAGUGGGUGCAUUUUAAAUAGAAAUGGGUUGAACUCUCAUUUCAGUCCCUUGUGUUAAAACAGAGGUGCAUACUGUAUAUUUAAGGCCUUCUGUAACUACAUUCAUGGACUGCCAGCCCUCAAUGUAAUUAGUAAAGAUAAGGCUUAACGAUUCAAACAUUACAUUUAUAUUGCCUUCAUCAGUGAAAUGGUGUUUUAUGCUGAUGGCAGUAAUAUACCUACUGUAACUCUAUAGCAUUGGGAAGCUAAUUAGAUUAAGUAGGAGGCACAGGUUUCAUUAUUGGUUUAAAUUAGUUAAAUUCAAUAAUGCUGGUACAAACCUAGGCAUUCACAUGUUGUUGCCUACACAGACAUAUCUUUUUUCCACACCCCAGGAAUACCGUUUCCCAUAGCAUGUUCCUAUGCAUGUGCACACUUAGACACUUCCUUAAGUGAAGGAUCAUGGUAAUCUAGUCUUCAGAGCAUGCUAGUGCACUGCAUAACUACAGUUUACAGUUUACAGCUACGCAGCUUAGCCUCAGCUUACUGUGAAAGAUCAAAAUAUUAUCGUUGUAUUGUUUCAGUAAGAGUAAGUUUGUAUUGUACCUACUAUGUGGCUAUUUUCUGGCAAAAGAAAUGAAUUGUAUGUUUUAUCAAUAUUUACUAUGAAAAAUGUAUAUGUAUACUAAAGUAAAACUUAUCAGCCGAACCUGCAUGUAUCUGACAUUUCCAUAUGGACUCCCAGGACUCCAUAAAUCUCAGAAGGUGUGAGCCAUUCACAAGAUGCUACUGAACUCAACAUAGUUCAGUGACUUACUCAAUCCCAGUAAUGUCUAGAGUGCAAGCCGCACCACCAUUUCCUUGAGCACCUGCGCCCUUCUAUUACGUUACAUACCCUCUGUUUGCUUAGAGCCCUUGUCUGCCACAAGUACACACUGUGGAGAGUUAGUGUGCUGGAAAUUCAGGUUUGCAUGCCGUUUCCACAUGAGUCGUGAGUUCGCUCAGGCCAAAAUCAGCCAAAAUGUUAAAUUAUAGUGUAUGCAUGCUCUGCAAGGUGAUGAUCUGUAUAAACACAUCAUGUAUGUUUCAGUUGGCUGGAACUGCUGCCUUCAACUGAAACCUGUCCUUGCUGAGUUGAUGUGAUUGGCUACAUUUUGAAAGCAGGUGCAUUUAUGGCUUUGAAUUGCACUUCUUACAUUAGGUUUAUAACAGAGAUUUAAACUCCCAUGUGAGGCUGCUGGGGUUGUAUCUCUCUGGGAUAACAACCAAGAAGACAAUGGACAGCAAGAAAUCCCAUGACAGUUUUUUCGCUUUCAAGAAUGCUGGUUUGUCUUUCCAUAUGUGAUGGAAGGAAAGAUCAGUUUCCAGUUGCUCAUAAAGAGGAACUUUUCUGAUGACCUGAUGAGGUCUCCUGUAGAGGAACUCUAGGCUCCAUCUUCAUGAUGAGUUUACAUAACCAAUAAAUGUGCACCUAUUUUGAA